AUGUCUCUUUUUGCCCAAGUUGAAGAUGAUGAUAUGAGAGGUGUCCUUCGGAAAGUUGGAUGCUGCGGUUUGGUUGUCAAAACCAGGCCUCAACUCAUCCAAUUAUGCAUUCAAUAUGCACAGCUAAUUCUAAAACUACCCAGUAAGCAGUCGAAUUCCGACUCGACCAACUCGCAGCAUCAGUCCUCUUUGCCCAACGCUUCUCAGCCGCCGGACGCCACUUCCUCAAACCGAAUCAAUUCUACUCCAAACGGUGCAACUCCCUACUUGGAUAGUCACAGGAACAACUCAAAUCCGCGUCCGUCUCAGUCCCCUCGAGGCAACACUCCCCAGGCGCCGGAAGCCACUGUCUCAAACUCAGCAGACAUCACUCCAAGCCGCCCGACGAACCCCCAGUCAAAUCCUGAAUCCUCAUCAAACGUUCCCCAGACCCAACAUAUUUCCGACACAGCAGAAAACCCCCUGAACGGUACCAAGUCGAGUCAGUUAAAUACCAACUCCAUCCACCUCCCCGCAAGUUUGUCUCAGCCGCCCAUUGUCAAUUCAAAUAGCCCAGCUGAAGUAGGAGGGGCAGCCUCCGUCUUGACUCCUGGAAAUGGCGAUCUGAUCCAGUGGACCACACCUCCUAACCGUCGGAACACUCCUAACCCUCGGUGCACACCUAAUCUUCGGUACCAGCGAAUGCACCCAAGCUCUCCCAACCCGUCCUCAAUUCCCGUGACCUCCCUUAAAGGCAAUCGCCCGGAUUGUGACCCCGUGAUCCCUUCCUCAUUGCCGGGCCUUGAUCCAGAUGUUCCCAACCAUAAUGAAGAGAAUGACGACACCUCUAGUCAUCACUCCCGCGGGAGUCCUUCAGCCCUACACACGAUGCAAGAGAACCAGAUUGCAAUCAUCGAGCUGCUCCGAACGCACUCCAUGAAGUUUUCAGUACUCCAAGACAAUAUAGCUUCAACACUUCGACAUCAGCAAGAGAUCAAAGAGAAAUUGGAAAUCCUAUCGGAAUUAAUGCUGCACUCCCGUCCGGGUCCGGGCAGACCCACGCGCACGAACCCCACGGAAACCAAUGCUCCUGUGCUGCAGGCCAUUCCUUGUACGGGGAGGCUCAAGGCGGAGCUACCUCCCUCUCCUCCAACUACUUCCGAAAAAACCAAGUGGCGUGCUCACAUGGACGAUGAUUCUCUAGACGACCCGGAAAGGCAACAUGACAGUGAUGACCCUGAGACCGACGAGGAGGCUUCAUAUCCCCAUUUCCCGUACCGUGGCGGUCCUGGCCAUCCCUGGGCCUCGCAGGAGCAGCUGAAGAUCAUGUAUCACAUGUUAAAAGCCAAAGGAAUCAAACAAUUCCGGAUGGAUUUUACCGCCAGUUUAACGGAUCCCGUAAACGUUUUUUGCCUCACUGUUGCCCGCGAUAUAUUUGUCAAGCUGGUUGAGUGUGGUGAAUAUGAUGGUCUCCAGCCUCACGAGUGCGCGCCGGACUUUAUCUUGAAGCAGCUAACAGACUAUGCCAGGGACAAGUUUGUGCGAAAGGCAAGAGAGAGAGUGAAACUCCCAAUGGAAGUGCAGCUGUUGCGAGCAAAGGAAAAGUCAAGGAGUUCACGAAGAGUGAAUGUGCGGAAUGCCCGAGUCAGAUCCGCACUGGAAAUCGGAGGCCUGCAGGCAUUGAUCCCAAUCAUCAAGAGUUGCACCAGUGACGAUGAGACUGAUGACGAAAUCACUCCAGCCCCCGAACCCUCUAGCUCUUUGUCUAAACGAGGCCAACUCAAAUUUUGCAAGACCCGGCACAUCGACAUGCAAAGCUCACAGAGGGGUUCCAGCUCGGAGCAGACGACGACCGCCGUGCCCCACAAUGAGUAA